AUGGAUGAAUAUGCAGAUGUAUUUGAAGGCCUAGGACUAUUCCCAGGUGAACACAGCAUCCGCACGAACCCAGAAAUAUUACCAGCUGUCAAUGCCCCGAGGAAUGUACCUGUUGCUUUGAGAAACAAGGUAAAAGAAGAAAUUGAAAGAAUGGAGAACAUAGGCGUCCUUAUCAAAGUUGAUGAGCCAACCCCCUGGGUGAAUUCGAUGGUAGUAGUUGAAAAGCCCAAAUCCAACAAGGUCAGAAUUUGUCUUGAUCCCAAGGAACUUAAUAAAGCAGUACAAAGGGAACACCACAGAAUUCCAAACCUUGAUGAUGUUAUAUCCAAACUUGCAGGCAGCAAAUACUUCAGCAAGCUGGAUGCCCGCAGUGGAUACUGGCAGAUAAAACUAACAGAAGAGAGCUCAAUGUUGACUACCUUCAACACACCCUAUGGCAGAUACAGGUUCACAAGAAUGCCCUUUGGUCUACAUUCAGCACAAGAUGUAUUCCAGAAGCGAGUUGACGAAACAUAUGAAGGCCUUGAUGGUGUUGACGCAAUCGCAGACGACAUCCUCAUCUAUGGGCGGACAUUAGAAGAACAUAAUACUCACCUCAGAGCAGCAUUACAACGAUCACGUGAAAGGGGCGUGAAAUUGAACAAAGACAAGUGUGUCAUCGGAGUGAAUGAAGUCACUUACUUCGGACACAAAUUCACAAGUCAAGGCCUUAUGCCAGAUCCAGUGAAAGUCACUGCCAUCGUCAAUAUGGAUCCUCCGGCCAACAAAGAGGAACUGCUUACUAUCCUCGGAAUGGCAAACUACCUAGCCAAAUUUGUGCCAAACUUGUCUGACAUCACAGCACCCCUAAGGAUGUUAACAAGGCAAGACGCAGCGUGGCAUUGGGAUGCAACACAGGACCAAGCCUUCAGUCAUCUCAAGACCAUGUUGUCAUGCGAACCAGGACCAGUACUCCAGUACUUCAACCCAGAAAAAGAAGUCACUCUACAAGUGGAUGCCUCAAAAUAUGGGUUAGGCUCAGUCAUGCUCCAGGAAGAUAGACCUGUGGCGUACUCCUCAAGGACAUUAACGGUGACUGAACAAAACUAUGCUCAAAUUGAAAAGGAGCUGUUAGCAAUAUGCUUUGGAGUGGAAAGAAACCAUCAAUUUCUCUAUGGCAGAGAAUUUACCGUCCCCUCUGAUCACAAGCCCUUGGAGUCAAUCAUGAAGAAACCACUGGCCAUGACCCCACCACGACUUCAACGAAUGUUACUCCGCCUACAGAAGUACCGUUUUGAGGUAAAAUUCAAGCCAGGGAAACAAAUACCAGUUGCUGAUGCACUGUCACGUCACCCACUGAAGGAGACAGCAUCAGACAUGGAAGAUCUGGACACACAAAUACACAUGGUCCUAUCAUCCUUGCCAGUGUCAGACAACAGACUUACAGAACUCAAGGAACAAACAAGUGAAGACAAACAAAUGAUAGCACUUACACAGAUCAUCAAGGCUGGAUGGCCAAACGACAAGUCCAGCUGCCCCAAAAUUGUCGCAGAUUUCUGGUCAGUACGUGAUGAGCUGUCGUAUGGAGAAGGCUUAAUUCUUCGCGGGGACAGAAUAGUGAUACCCAGCACAAUGAGGAAAGAAAUGCUCUCCAAAGUACACACCGGACACAUGGGCAUGGAGAAAACCAAACGGCGUGCACGAGAUGUAUUAUAUUGGCCUGGAAUGUCCUCCCAGAUAGACGACCUAGUCUCAAGCUGUGGAAUCUGUCAAGAAAACCAAAUGUCAAACCCUAAAGAACCACUUACACCUCAUGAAAUACCAUCACGCCCCUGGCAGAUGAUAGGCACAGAUCUAUUCCAACUAGAAGGCUGCCACUACAUCAUAGCAGUGGAUUACUACAGCAGGUUCUUCGAAGUCACAAGUCUCCAGGACACAAAAUCUUACACAGUGAUCCAGAGGCUAAAAGGUUUCUUUGCUCGUCAUGGCAUCCCGGAGGUAGUUAAAUCAGAUAACGGCCCACAGUACAGCUCUGAUGAAUUCAAGAAUUUCUCUAAAGCCUGGAACUUUAACCAUGUCACCAGCAGCCCAGGUUACCCAGCAUCCAAUGGCCUGGCAGAGAAAACAGUCCAAACUGCUAAAAGACUAUUGUCCAAGUCCAAACAAGAUAAACAAGACCCAUACCUAGCAUUGUUGGAGUACAGGAACACCCCAAUUGACAACAUAGCAUCACCAGCACAAAUGAGCAUGAGUCGCCGUCUCAGAUCUAUCCUACCAGCAACCCACAAACAGCUACAGUCCCAGACCAUUAAUUGCUCGGAUGCCAAGGAGAAACUACUCAACAAACAGCUGAAACAAAAACUCUUCUAUGAUCAGAAGGCACAUGCUCUUGCACCUCUUAAAGGACAUGAUGUUGUUCGCAUGCAAACCCCCUCAGGCAAGUGGCAACCAGCCAGAAUAGUUCAACAGAUGGACACCCCAAGAUCAUAUCUAGUCCGAACACAGGCUGACAAGGUCUACCGCCGAAACCGCAGACACCUCUCUAAUCCCAUCAAGAGAUGUAUGUUCACAGAAGAGGGUGAGGCCAAUCACCCCAUACAACCAGAUCAAAAUCAGCAGCAACAUCACAACACCGACCAUCAGCACCAACACAACAAUCCCUGUACUAACACAGCUGACUCAGCUAAUGCCACUCACAAUGAAAGGCAACCCAAGACCUUCACUGCAAGUGGCAGACCAGUUUUCAAGCCGUCAAGAUACGAUGCCUAA